AAUAAAGUAAAGUUUCAAUGGAACUGAACUGUUUAGCGAGUAGUAAUUGGAUGAAGAAAAACAAGACAAUAGAAAAUGGCAGUUUCACAUUCGAUCCUACGUCGACUCCGCUUGGCUUCUUCUUCUUCUUCAUCACGCUUCACUAAACCAUUUCACCUCUUCAAAUUCUCAUUCUCCACCACCUCACCCCCGAAUCCACCUCCAAUUCAAGUCUCUCUCACCAACUCAACGGGUCGCGCCGUUUUCGCAACUCGCUCAAUCCCUACCGGUGAUCUCAUCCACACCGCAGAGCCCGCCGUCUGCCAUCCCUCACCCUCCGCCCUCCAUCCCGUCUGCUACUCUUGUCUCACCAGACUCCCCUCCUCCCCUCCUCAACGCUCCCCCUUUUGCUCUCACCAUUGCCUCCAGCGCAGUAAGGAAUAUUACGAUGUUGAGAUGAAAGCGGAUUGGACGGAUUUUGAUAACUAUUGCCGGAACCAAGGUCUAAAAUAUCCCUUUCUGGUAAAGCGGUUGGCUUGCAUGAUCAUAUCAGGAGUUUCCAGAAGUGACAGUCUUGACAUACUUCAACCUGCCAAUUUGACACCUGAGAUGAUUUUAGAGAUGGAAAAGGGAUUCACCCUGCUAAAGAAUGCCUUCAUAAAGACACUUGUUGCAGAUGAUCAAAUUGCUUUUUUAACCAAACAAUGGUACAUUGAUGUUUUGGCACGAAUUCGAAUCAAUGCAUUUCGCAUUGAGUUGGCUGGUGGUGGAUCAUAUGAAGAUCUUCUUUCUUCAGCAUUUGCAUCUGUAGAAGCUGAAGCUGCUGUUGGAAAUGCUGUCUACAUACUUCCUUCCUUCUAUAAUCAUGAUUGUGAUCCUAAUGCACACAUUAUAUGGAUAGAUAAUGCAAAGGCAAAAUUGAAGGCCCUCCGGGACAUUGAUGAAGGAGAUACCCUUGAAUGCGUUCUAUCGGUCUGUCUCUAUCUUGAAACGCAAUAAGGGCGAGAAGUUGUCAAAGAAUGUGCUGAAAGAUCCACAUAUAAGGGAGAAUACUCGUGGUAUUAGAAAGAAGAAGUUAGGGAGGGUUCCAAAAAACAAAGUGCUUCUUUUUCCCUACCAUUUUGCCUUAACCACCGGACUCUCAACGAAGCCAUCGGAUCUAAUCGUCUCUCACUCGUAUGUGAAUGACACAAGCCGUUCUCACCACAGUACAUUGCCACUGCGAGAGUCAUCGAAAACGUGGGAUCUGUUGGAUGAGAGUCCAAUUGUGACGGCAAACCCACAAUUUCCUUGCUUUUGCUAAGAGCUCUUAGAUUUGGCUCCAUCUAAGCAAUAGAUAGAACUAGAACGAAAUAGUUUAUUAUCAAAUUCCCCAAAAUAGAAGAAAAUAAUAACUCAUUAAUGAAACAAAUGGAGUCAAAAAUUAGUUGUAAAAUAGCUUAAAGGACAGAUUUUUUUUAUCGACCAUACAAGGUAUCCAAUUACAGAAGUUACUCUGUUAUGGCAAUGUAAUCUGUAAUCUUACUAAAUAAAAUUCGUUUUAAUAGUUUCACCUG